AUGAUGAGAGCCCGCCAGCUUACGCGCGCGCUGCGCGCCGCCUCGAAGCAGCAGCAGCAGGCCCGCCGCGUGCAGGAGGAGCACAAGCGCGCGCCGCCCAAGACCACCGACAAGUUCAUCGGCAAGACGGGCGCCGAGAUCUUCCACGAGACGCUGGCGGAGAUGGGCGUGGACUGCGUCUUCGGCUACCCGGGCGGCGCCAUCCUCCCCGUGUUCGACGCCAUCCACGAGAGCGAGCACUUCGACUUCGUCCUCACGCGCCACGAGCAGGGCGCCGGCCACAUGGCGCAGGGCUACGCCCGCGCCACGGGCAAGCCCGGCGUGGUGCUGGUGACCUCCGGCCCAGGCGCCACCAACACCGUCACGCCCCUGCAGGACGCGCUCAUGGACGGCACCCCCAUCGUGGUCUUCAGUGGCCAGGUGGCCACGCAGGUGCUGGGCACGGACGCCUUCCAGGAGGCCGACAUCCUGGGCAUCACCCGCCCGUGCACCAAGUGGAACGUGCAGGUGCGCGACGUGCGCGACCUCGCGCGCAACAUCCGCGAGGCCUUCCACAUCGCCACGACCGGCCGCCCCGGCCCCGUGCUCGUGGAUCUCCCCAAGGACAUCACGGCCGGCCUGUGCAGGAGCCCCGUCGUCACGGAGCCGCAGCUGCUGGGCUACUACGGCGAGAAGAAGAUCGAGGGCAACCGCGUCAACCAGGACGCCAACCUGGCCGCAGCCGUCAAGAUGAUCAACAAGGCCAAGAAGCCGUUGAUCUUCGCCGGCGCCGGUGCCCUGCACGCCAGCGAGGAGCUCCGCGCCCUUGCGCGCCAGGCCAACAUCCCUGUGACCACGACGCUGCAGGGCAUGGGCGCCUUCGACGAGCGCGACCCGCUCAGUCUACACAUGCUGGGCAUGCACGGCUCCGUGUACGCCAACAAGGCCGUGCAGGACGCCGACUGCAUCAUCACGCUCGGCGCUCGCUUCGACGACCGUGUGACGGGCCGUGUGCCCGACUUCGCGCGUGAGGCCCGCCGUGCCUCCGCUGAGGGACGUGGUGGCAUCAUCCACUUCGAGAUCACGGGCAAGCAGGUGGGCAAGAUCGUGCCCGCCGACAUUGCCGUGCUUGGCGACACCAAGUACAACCUGCAGCAGAUCCUCCCCAAGGUGGAGACCAAGCCGCGCACCGAAUGGCACAAGAAGCUUCAGGGCUGGAAGGAAAGGUAUCCCUUCCGCUACCGCCCGGCCGCCCCCGGCGCGCCCAUGAAGGCACAGCGCGUUAUCGAGGAGCUCUACAGGCAGACGAAGGGCCGCGACGACGUGCUCGUCACGACUGGCGUGGGCCAGCACCAGAUGUGGGCUGCUCAGUUCUACCGGUGGUCUCGCCCGCACACGUUCAUCACUUCCGGCGGUCUGGGCACGAUGGGCUUCGGUCUGCCCUCGGCCAUCGGUGCCAAGAUGGCCAAGCCCGACUCGAUCGUCGUCGACAUUGACGGCGACGCCAGUUUCUCCAUGACGCUGUGCGAGAUGGCCACCGCCGCCGAGUUCAACAUCGGUGUCAAGGUGCUCCUGCUCAACAACAACUUCCAGGGCAUGGUCAAGCAGUGGCAGGACCUGUUCUACGAGGAGCGAUACUCGGGCACCGUGAUGAAUAACCCGGACUUCGUCAAGUUCGCCGAGGCCAUGCACUGCGAGGCCUUCCGCUGCGAAAAGGAGGACAGGCUGGAGGAGGACAUGGCCCGGUUCCUCGCCGCCGAGGGUCCCAUCUUAGGUGAGUUUAUGGUCGAGAAGAACGAGCACUGCUACCCCAUGGUCGGCGCAGGCCGUUCGCUCGACGAAAUGAUUAUCGGCGACUUCGACGACUGCCCCGGCACGACUUCGGUCUAA